ACGCUCUCCUGUUUUGAGACAAAAUGCGGUGAAAGAAAAUGUUUAAAUGAAGUUUUUUCUUUUUUAAAAAACAUGGUAUUGCCAUUGGACUACUAGAAUUACUGCAGGAGCGAUUAUUUAAUGGUUAUUUGAUAAAUAUCAAGAUCAUCAUUCAUUUGUUGGCAACAUGCGCGUGCUAUGGGCGGUGCUGUGAGCAAAAACAAGACACCCUUUUCAUCAGUGGAGAAGAGCUGUUUGUCCAGUAAGCAAAGGUUCCUGUCUCUCCAUGAUGUACUUGUCCAAAACAGUCCCUUCAGGCAGCAGAGUGACCGGUGCACAACAUCUGAAAUGUGUACAUGUGCAAAAAGCCAAGAAACAAACCUCUUACCUACAUCCACGUCCAUCUUCCUCCCAGAAUUCCCACACCGUGAGGCCAGACCUGCACAUUUACAGGUCACUGGGGUAAUAGCCAAAGGAUCAUUUGGCCCUGUUCUGAAAGUGAAGGACUGGGUAAAAGGGAAGACCUACGCUAUAAAGGUUUUACCCAAAUCUGAGGUUCUGAAACAUGGAGUUCUGGAACAGGCAAAAGAGGAGGUUAUAAUCCAGCGGCAGCUCCAACAUGCUUUUGUCCUCGGUCUGGAGGACUGUUGGCAGAGUCAGAACAACCUCUUCAUCAUGUGUGAUUACUGCAGGACGGGAGAUCUGUACACCUACUGGACGCUCACUGGCCAUUUUAAGGAGAGGGAGGUUCAGGUGAUUGCUGCUGAACUCGGCAGUGCUUUAGGGUUUCUGCAUGACUUUGGGAUAAUGCACAGGGAUUUGAAGAUGGAGAACAUCCUUUUAACUGAUCAAGGUCACGUCUGCCUGGCAGAUUUCGGACUUUCUCGCCGUCUUGAGCGCGGAGCAAAAGCAUUUACAAUCUGUGGGACUAUACAAUACAUGGCUCCUGAGGUUCUGACUGGAGGUCCUUACAGCCAUGCAGCAGACUGGUGGUCUCUGGGCAUCCUGUUAUACACACUGGCUGCUGGGGAGUUUCCACUUCCUCCAGAGUCAGACCACAGCAGCAUGCUGAGUAAAGUCACUGAGCAUCCUUAUGAAAUGCCUGAGAGCUUCAGUCCUGCGCUGGCCCUGUUGCUCACAGAGCUCCUGUGCAAGACUCCCAUGCGUCGCCUGCGCUGUCUGGAACGCUACAGGACUCAGAGGUUUUUUAAUGGCGUCUCCUUUGACUCUCAGGUCCUGAUGAAGUUUCCCAUUCAACCAAUUCUUGAGCUGAAGGAUCACCCUAACCGGCUAGAGAAAUCGACAAGGGGAUUAACAUUCGACCAGCUUCAGAACUUUGAAUGUGAUCUGUUUGACCCUCCUUCCUCAGCUACAGAUGUUUCACCUGCUGUCCCUCACCAACACUGAAGAGACCUCAGGUUCUAGAGCUGCAUAUUGUGCAGCCUUUUUUUUUAGAUGAGAACCAAAAAAAUAUCGACCAUAUAUAUGGACUUAUAUCAGUAAAGUAAAAAAACCGUACACUGUCUUUGGUUAUAUUUCUAAAUGUUUGCUUUUUACUUCUUUCAGUAAUCUUUUGUCUUAGCUACAGUUAUUCUGCUGCAGUGUCUUUACAGGGAAACGGUAGGCUUAUUCACAUGUGUGAUUUCACUAGAAAUGAUUUCAAUAUAAAUUAUUGUAUCUGUGAAUGAUACUAUCUAACUUUUAGACCUUGGUAUGACCUAUUUGUGAGAGCAAAGACAAACCCAAAUGGGAGCAACCUUAAUAGGGCAGAAAAUUGAAGACCAGAUAAAGCAUCAUUAUUAAUGUUUUUAAUUAGGUAUCAGGGAAAAAAACCCAAAGCCCCUGUGGAGUAGGCUAAAUAUAACAUUAUCUCUUUGUGCUUCUCCCUGGGGGCCCCUCCCAGACCCCAUCUACUGAAAGACGAGUGUCAGCUCCUGCAUGUGCAGAGGAACAUUGGACAAUCCUCCUAAAUCUGCACCAAUCAAGAUCAUAAUCUCUGUGAAGUUUGCAUUUCCUUGCACUUAACUCAGCUCUCAGGGAGAUGCUCCUUGUCGCUGUCACCACUAGCUUGCUCUUCAGGGAUCUACAUCUAGAUUUCUGUAAAGCUGCUUUGUGCCAAUAUCUAUUGUCUUAAUAAAACUGACCAUAUAAUCUACCUAAUAAAACUAAUCCAUUGAAUCUAAUACACACAGGCUGAUCCCUAAAGUUGGACUGCUCAAGCCUGAAUAUUUCGCUAAAUGAGAAAUAAAUUUGGGCCAGCUCACAGCAGACUUUAACACAGAGGAAAUUUUUUAUCAGCUUAGUUCUCUAAAAGUUGUCCUUGAAAACUGGAUCAUGGAGUUGUUGAAAGAAAAAAAAUCACAUGGACAUGUCAGUGUUGCUUUGGGACUUAAAUGCCAUGAGAGUUUUGAAUUCACAUGAAGUGCAUUUAAUCUAGUUAGACCAGCGGCAUCUGAUCUUAAGGGUAAAGGGCUGUUUUUUGGGGUUUUUUUGUUACAGUCCAGUACGAGCCACACUGCUUUCUCUCUGUUUAAUCAGCUGAACUUUCAAUUCAGACUUUAAUCUACACUUAGUCGUGGCUCCUUUUUGUCUAAAAUCUGCAGCCAUACCAGGU